GCUCUUUAAAACUGCGGAGGAUCUGGUGAGACUGGAGACUUUCCGUCAGCAGGAAACACUGAAACAUCUUUAAGCUUAAAUAUCGUUUCUUAGGUUUGUCUGGAUCUCACAUUUGGUGUUUCUGUUUUUUGGGUUCGAUUUAGGGAAUUAAUCCGAUUUUAGGAGCAAGAGUUUUUCCUUGUUGGAGUUUCUUCUUUGUGUUUCUGACAUGCCCCUCUGCUGCUUUGUUGCUGUGUUCGUUUUAUUCAUCUCAGGUGGCUCAGGAACCACAGUUUACGACACCCACAAUGACUUUGAAGAGGAACACCACACUCCUCAACUAGACUACAAAGACCCACACUGGUGCCACUCUCCCAGCCUGACCAAUGGGGAGGUGACCUGCCACUCACCCAGAGGCAGAGCCUACAAGAGCACGUUGGGGACCCGCUGUGGGAUGAGCUGUGAUCGAGGAUACCGACUUCUGGGGAGGAGCUCCAUCCAGUGCCUCGCCAACCGACGCUGGUCUGGGACCGCUUUCUGCCGAAAAAUGCGUUGCCAUGUCCUGAACCUCAUCCCAUACGGCAGAUACACCUGCACUUACGGCUUCAUGGUGGACUCCAGGUGUGAAUUCACCUGCAACCCCGGCUAUCGAAUCGAGGGGGAGCACUCACGUACGUGCCAGCAUGGGGGGACCUGGAGUGGAGUACAGCCAGUUUGUUCAGACACUGAACCUCCAAAGAUCAAGUGUCCAGCGUCCAGACUGAAGGUCGCCCAGCCUGGAAAACUCACCGCCGAGGUGAGCUGGGACCCACCCGCUGCCAAAGACACCGCAGAUAAAUCCCUCGAAGUAAUAUUAGUAGGCCCGGAGCCAGGCACUGAGUUUAAUGAGGGAGUGCACAUCAUCCGAUACAAAGUGUACGAUCAAGCCAGGAACAGAGCUGCCUGCAAGUUUAUCAUACGUGUUGAAGUGAGAAGAUGUACAGUUCUGCCUCCACCUAUGCAUGGCUACCUGAGCUGCACCUCUGACGGGAAUAACUACGGUGCAACGUGUGAAUACCACUGCGAUGGAGGAUAUGAGCUGAGAGGGAUAGCCAGUCGUGUCUGCCAGUUCAACCGUGACUGGGAUGGAAGCCCUGCUGAGUGUGUCCCGAUGGAGAUUAAAUCAGACGUAAAGACGGUCUCUGCUCUCCUGAAUCAGUUCUAUGAAAAGAGGAGGCUGCUGAUCCUGUCUGCACCCAACAUAACAGACCCAGACUACCAGCUGCAGAACCUCAUGAUACAAAAAGCAGACUGUGGAUUGGACCUGAGACAUAUAACUAUUAUUGAGCUCCUCGGCACGCCACCUCGAGAGACGGGACGGAUUAAAGAGAGUGUGCUCAACUCUGAAGUCAUCGAGGGUUUGAGACAAGCAUUCAGAAUCUCCAGAUCUUACUUCAGCAUAGUGCUGCUGGACAAGCUGGGGCUGGACCGGGAGCGCUUCAUUGCCCCGCUGGCAUCAGAAGAGUUGUUCUCUUACAUCGACAGCUUCCUGUUGGAUGAAGAAGAGAGAGAAAGGCUGGAGCUCCACAGAGACUUCUGUGAAGACCUUUAGGAGACAUGACUGGUUCCCACAGUGAGAAACAAAUCAGCAUUAUAAACACAAGAUGAGCAGGGAGAAACGAGCUGAAAACAGAGGCCUGGAAUGACAUUAGGAGAGGAAAAAAGAAUUCUCAUGUUAAAAUGUGAUCACUAUACUACACUGAAGUAUGAGCACUGUUUUCUAUGUAUCACAAACUCAGCUGAAAGGCAUAGGGACAGAAAAUAGAGUAGACAGCAGGUUUUUUAUAGGUUGGAUGUAAAAAAAAAUAUUGUAGAUAAGAGCGAAAAGCUAAUUUUUAAUGAGACUUGGGCUGCAGGUAGCCUUUUGGUCUACUUUCCU